UUCUUCACUCGUAGGUUCAGUUCAGUUCAGUUCCCGAAUGCCCUGAAUCGCGAGACGAUAAACAUGGCGUAUCGCGGAGUGAAGGGUUCGGACCCGUUUGUUUCGAAAACAUCGCGAAACGAGAGGUUCGCGCAAAUGUCGAAGCAGGAACAGAUAAUACAGCAAAAGAAGUUGGAGAUUCAGGCAAAGAUGCAGGAGCAGAAAGCGAAGCAAGCUGUUGACAGUGUAAAGAAGUCGUCGUCUUCAGCCUCCUCUGUCUCUGUCGCCAAACCGAAUCCUCCUGCGUUCAAAAAAGACGAUGAGAAGCCAACUGCAUCCCCGACAGUGAAUUUAUUUGCUAAUGAUGGAAGCUUUCUGGACCAAUUUAAGAAAAUAGCGAGUAACAAAGGUCCUAGUAAGCAAGAUGCAACCCCAAUGAAAUCUGAGGAAAAGAGAGAUGAGCGCAAGGAUGAGAGGAACUACGAGAACACACGUGAUCGAGAUCGUAGAUGGAACAACGACAAAAGCAGAGACUGGGAAAACAGAAGGGAUCGUAGAAGAAACGAUUCUCGCUGGGGAAGAUCUUCGGAUAGAAGACACAGUUCCUCAUCCAGUCCAUCACCCACAAGACGUAGAUCAUCUCCAAGUCCUGAUGCAAGACACACUUUUCACCAACCUCCACCAAAUGGUCCACGUCCACACUUUAAUCAACAACAAUUUCCACCUCAGACCAUGAGUCAGCCCUCUUCCAUUCCGCCACUAAUGUCACAGCCUAUAAUGCAAAUGACAAACGUACCACCUCCUAACAUGCGCGGCAUGGCACCUAACAUUCCUCCACCAAACAUGCACAGAAUGCCACCACCACCUAAAAACGUUAACAACAAUUAUUCAAACAUGGAAAACCACACUGGAAAUCCAAGAAUGCCUAUACCGCCUCCUCAUAUAAUAAGACCUCCACCACCAUUACAAAGUAUGCCACCUAAUACAAAUGUGCCACCUCCUAGCAUGCAAAUUUCCCAGAACGUAUCUUUACCAAAUUUACAACCUGGCAUACCAUCCUCCUCAGCGCAGCACAUCAUACCACCACCACAACAGUGUAAUAUUCCACCGCCGACUAACUUGCAACCACCGAAUAUUCCACCUCCAAAUGUACCACCUCCGAACAUACUACCACCAAUGUCCCAAAUGCCACCAAACAUGUUGUCGAUGACAACACAGGCGAUAGUAGUGACAGUAGCUAGUGUACCUAAUUUACCACCUCCGACAGUAAUGCCACCCAUGAUAAUGUCUGCACCUCCACCUGUGCACAGUGUACCAUCUACUAUAAAUUCCGUACCACCACCAAAUCUUAAUAUUCCACCUCCAAACGUGCCACCGCCAAACGUACCACCUCCACCAAUAAUCCAAAAUGCACCACCGCCACCACCACCACAUCUUAUGGCAACAAGUUAUCCAUUGCCGAAUCAGGUGCCUAUUAAUGUGGGACCACCAAAUGUCCAGAUUCCACCUCCAGUAAGGCCACCAACGAGUCUACAGCCUCCUGAUCAAUUAGUGUGUCCCGUAGAAGCUGAACAGUUGGCGCGGAUCGUAGCUGAUUGCGGUGACGAAAUUGAACAGGAAGUGCGGGAGAAGAAUGCCCAAGAUCCAAAAUUAUGGUUUCUGCACCAAAAGCAAAGUGCAGCGUAUCAGCAGUACAGGGGAUUGGUGGCGAAGUUUCGCGUUGAAAAGGCUGGCAAAGAGGGAAAAAGCGGUAGUGGAGCGGAACCAUAUUGUCCGGAAGAAGCACUCAGUGACAAUGACGAUACCGAUAAACCACCAAAACAAUCUCAGAAUGAUAACAACAAGGAAGACAAUCGCGAUGAGCGUAAAAGAAAAAGACGUAGCAGAUGGGGCGAUCCUGAAAACAAGGUUCCUUUGUCCGGGAUAAACGUUACACCAGGAUCAAGAUCCACACCUGGACAGAUGUCCCAGCCAGGCAUAGCAAUCCCGGGACAGAUCGGUCAACCGGCGGUGAUUAUACCGUCGCCAAAGACGCAGAAUACCAAAGGAAAAAAUCCAAUGCUAAGUAAAAUAUCCAGGAAUGAUCCAGCACUGAUUCAGUAUGCCAGACAAACCUUUGGCACUCUGGAUCUCAGUGAAGAGCAAUGGAAAAAAGCGGAGGACCAUUACAAGAUAAAUCUAUUAUAUCAAAAUUUACUGAAGAAGCGCGAAGAGGUGAAGCGCCUGGAAGCUCAAGGUAAACACAAGUACGAGUAUGACAGCGACGAGGAGGUGGAAGGCGGCACGUGGGAACACAAGAUAAGAUCAGCUGAGAUGGAAGCUACGCAAAUGUGGGCUGAGGAAUUGACUGCGCAGGCGGAAGGGAAGCAUCACAUUGGCGACUUCCUGCCUCCGGACGAGUUGAAGAAAUUUAUGGAACAGUACAAUGCGGUUAAGGAGGGAAAGGAGCCUGAUCUUAGUGACUACAAGGAGUACAAGUUGAAGGAAGACAACAUAGGUUUUCAAAUGUUACAAAAGCUUGGCUGGAGCGAAGGUCAAGGUUUAGGUAGUGAAGGAAGCGGUCGAGUAGAGCCGGUGAACAAAGCUACUAAUAGACUGGACAGUGCCGGACUUGGUUCGGAAAGACCUGAUGGCAUAUCUCGGGACGAUGAUGAAUUUGAUGCGUAUAGAAAACGAAUGAUGUUGGCUUACAGAUUUAGGCCUAAUCCAUUGAACAAUCCGCGAAGACCUUACUACUGAGCUUCGAGCGACCGCUACUCUAGUUUGAUGGAAAAGAAGAAAUGAUUGCACGUAACAUUUUCUAUCGAAAAGAAGCUCGUUAUUUUGUAUAAUUAAAAAAGAUACAUAAGUAAUAAACUGUCGUAAAAACUGUUGACGUAAAGAA